AUGACUAAUGAAUAUGAAGGUAUGGGCACAAAUGCGUUCCAAGGGCCCAACGAUCUACAGAAAAAAAAUAGACACUUUAAAACAUUCGUCGCAAUGCAGGAUGCCAUUUGGGAUGGUUCUCAUAAAAAUAAUAAAAAUAAAAUAUUGUUUGAUCCGGCUCUAAGAGAAAAACUUGUUGAUAAUAUUUUAAACUUCGUGGAAAAACAUAAGUUCGACGGUAUCGACCUGCAAUCGCAAUAUUUAACUCAUGAAAGUGCCGAUGCUCCUGAUAAGCAGAAUUUCGUUUUACUCUUAAAGGCACUCAAAGAAAAAUUCGACAAAAAAGGUUUACUUCUCGCUUUAGCAGUUGAAGGUAUCGAAUCAAUUGCUAAGAAAUAUGAUAUUACAGGAAUAUCGAAGUAUGUAACCUUUAUAAAUUUGAGAGCUUACAAUUUGCACGGAGAUCUUUACACAGAUGGCAAAAUUUUGAAAUCUGGUCAUCUUGCUCCACUGUAUCAUUCAUCCAAAGAAAAUGCGGAGGAUCAAAAAUUGAAUGUCGAUUUCAUUGUCAAAUACUGGAUUUCGAAAGGUGCUCCACCACACAAGUUAAUACUAGGAACUACAUUUAAGGGAAUGUCCUAUACUUUAGCUAAUGCAAAAAAAGUUGGUAGGGACGCACCAUUUGUCGAUGCUGUAAAAAAAAGGUCAUCAACGACAAGCUAUAUGGGUACUUGCCGAUAUGAAAAAGACCCUGAAUGGAAACUAAUCUACGACAAAGAACAACAAGUCCCAUAUAUCAUCUACCAAGGAAAGGAAGUUGUUGGCUAUGAAAAUGUUGCCUCCAUCAAGAAAAAGGCUGAAUAUGCUAAAAGCAUGAAGCUCGCUGGUGUAUUCGUGGAUAGUUUAGAAGACGAUGAUUUCAGUGGUAACUGCGGAGGAAGCAAGUACCCACUUCUGAAAACUGUGAACAAAGUCCUCAACAAAUGUUAA